GAACGUGGUGAUGGAUGUGUCCUGUCAUCGAUAUCUUCCGUCGUGAGGUCACGAAAGCAGCUGUCUACUGUUGUGUAGAAACCUUGGAAGCUAAAAUGAUAUCUGUAUGGCCUUUUAAAAAUCACCGUGAUAUAACACUGUGGGGAAUGAUGAUGAACAGAAAUAUGUUCUGUUUUUACAAAAGCCAAAGAAAAACAACAGCAUUUUUACAAUGGAUCGACAUGUACCCAUUUGUUUUCAUUUUUGUUGCAUAAUAUGUGAUGAAAUCUCUUAGACUAAUUGGCACCUAUAUAACACUGUCAGUGUCUCACACAAGUCGGUGUAGCAAGAAGUUUCACAAUCGGUGAAAUGUGACAUAUGGAACAAUGCUGCGCCGGUCAGUGUCCCUCCCCCUGUGUCUGUGUGCGAGUCUCUUGAAAGGUCAACACUGGACGUUAGUCACUUCCUCGCUGCACAGACAGUGUAACCAUGGUAACGUGGGCACAAUCGUCUUCUGUGUCAGUACAAAAUAUGUCCGCCACUGUCAGUUUUCAACAUCAUCCGGUCUUGGAGUUGGGUACAAACUGAAAAACAACCUGAGCGACUGCUACUCCCUGCUGAAUAUUUCAGAAGAUGCUGCAUUAGCUGAAGUGAGAGAAGCGUACAUAAAAUGUGCCAAGCUGUACCAUCCUGACAGUGGAUCAACAACCGCAGAUCCCAAGAAGUUUACACAAGUAAAGGAAGCUUACAAGACCAUACUGGAACAGAGGAAGGAAGAUGAAGAUUGUGAGAAGGAAGAAACAGAGGAAGACAUAGACAAAAUCAUCUUCGACAUCAAACACACGGCACCACAGCAUCGGCAGUAUCUGAGUUUUGAAGGCAUCGGAUCAGGGACCCCCAUACAGAGACAGAGAAUAUAUCAGCAGUAUCGUGUUGCCAAGGCAACAGACAACGUCCAUGACUACCGUGUUCAGCGUCUCGCCAAUGAGGAAGAGUCAGCCGUUGUAGUGAAGGACAAAAUGGAAGCCAGGAAAGUGAAGAUAAGCAAUGCCAUAGAACGCCUGGUAGAGGACAUGAUCACAGACUCGAUGAACAAGGGGGACUUUGACAACCUGGCCCUGAAGGGGAAACCCCUGGUGUUCGAGAAUCGCAAUCCGCUACUGGAUACAGACACACACAACCUGAACAAGAUCCUCAUCAACAACGGGUACGCCCCUGAGUGGAUCACACUGCAGAGUGAGAUCAGGAAAGAUAUCACAGACGCCAGAAACAAACUGGCAGUGUUGAGAAGCAGGAUGGGUUGUCCGCCCUUUGAUUCGGAGGAUGCCAAGAAAUGGAAGUCGCAAACAUACAAGCACCAGUCCAUCAUUACAGAUGUCAAUAUCAAGGUGGACAAAUUCAACAUGAUUGUUCCCUUCCUGGACAAACAGCUGGUGCAGUACGACGCCGACCGCGACAUCCGGCGUAUCUAUGACAACUGGCAGAAAUAUCUUCCAGACUCCCCGGAGGAUACUGAAGUUAUUUAUGAUUCAAAUUUCAGAUGGCACCACUCACACCAUCAGGUGUCACACCAGAAGAUUGACUGGGCGGAGGUCUGGAGUAACAUUAGGGCUGUGUUUAAAUGAUCAUUUGUUACCCGAUUCAUCUGGGUCAGAAUCAUCCGUAAUCCAAUUUUUUUAUCAUAAUUUCUUUUCACCAGGUAACAAAAAAUAAGAUUGAAUGUGAAAAAUGAUAAAAUUAUAAAGAAAAUAUCAGACUGCAUGCUGCUCAACGUAAAGUGCCAAAAGUCAAUAAUGGCCAAUUUUGGUAGUUGUGUGCCAAGAAAUUUGGCAGAUACUUUUGUAACUCACGACGUUUUUUUUUUAGGCAAAUAAACUUCUGAAAGUUUUGAUAUUAUGCAAGCUGGGCAUUUCUGCAUACCAUACGUUACUUGAAAUAAACGCAAAGCCUACUCAUUAUACAGUUAUUGCAAGUUUCACUUGGGGGUGUCCUUCGACUAUGCGUCUGUUGACUGGGUUCAACAGUAGAAUUGAGAGCAUUAAGAAAAAGGUAUCCAUUAUUAAAUUUUAGUGAUAUUCUUCUUGAUCAUAUAUUUGUAUAAUACCUUAAAGUUUCAGUGAUUAGUUCCAAAGGGGUUAUUGAAUGGAAAUGUUAAGGCCAGUCAUUACUUUUGUUGAGGAAAGAUGUAGAAAAUUACAGGAAAAUAUGUGAAUUAAAACAUAACCCUAUCCAAGUGUCCUUUCUGACUCGGAUGAGGACUUCUGACGAGUGAUGUUUUACGAUUAUGAACAGUU